AUGAUUCGCAGAUUAUUUUUUAAAAAACCAGGCAAAGGAAGUACGGAAACUAGAUCAUACUCUAUAAAACAUUUACGGCUACAAUUUAAAGUUGAACUUCCUUAUUUUUUGUUUGUACAUGCAAUUGGUGAGUGUGAUACAACGUCAGCUAUCUUUCAACAAGGGAAAAUUAAACAUUUAAAAACAGUUCAAGCACAUCCAGAACUACACGAUUCAUUAUUAGUUUUUAACAAUGAAUCAGCUACACAUGAGGAAAUUUUGCGUGCGGGAGAAAAGUACUUGUUAAAAUUAUUUAAAGCACCAGCAAACACUAAUACAUUGAAUUGUCACAGGUAUGAUGUAUUCCGAAAAACAGGGGCUUCCAGCAAAAAAGAAGUCAAACUUUCUCGACUCUCUCCAACAGUCGAUUCAGCAAAGCAGAAUUUGUUUAGGGUUUAUUUACAAGUACAACUUUGGCGUGGGAAAAUACUUAAUCCGUUAGACUGGGGCUGGGAAAAAGUAGAUAAAAAAAUAAUACCGAUCUUUACAAAGAAACCACCAGCAACAGACUCCCUUCUAUCGGUUAUAAGUUGUGCUUGCACUAAAUCAUGCGAGAAAAAUUGUGGAUGUAAAAAAGCGGGAAUGCGAUGUUCCAUAAUAUGUAAAAAUUGUCAAGGCACAUCGUGUUUAAACCAGCAACUAAUUUGUGAUGAUGACGACGACGACGACGACGUGGAGUUGUAUAAAGAUGGACAAUGGACCACUAGCAUAGACGAAGACAACGAAUAA